AUGCAGCAAUCUUGGGAUCGGACGAGUAGCACUGACAGUCUCAAGAAAGGCCAUACAAAAAUGCUGGGAAAAGGACAAAGUGGCGGAUAUCCACCUGAGACAACGGGUGAACUCUUGCAGAGCCUCAGUCUGGUACCUGGGAACAACACCGAUAAGAAAGGCCUCCAGGCGGGUGCUCAAUUUCCAGGCUGUGUGCCUGCGGGGCCCCAGCAGCAUAACCAGCAGCUCCUCCUGACUCCAGCCAGCCUCCAGCUCGCUCAGCUCCAAGCUCAGCUCACCCUCCAGCGCCUUAAACUGGCUCAGGGGGGGAAUACUGCCACUGCCGCCGCUUUUCUCAAUCAGGUUCUCUCCAAUGUCGCCAUGUCCCAACCGCUUUUCAAUCAGCUACGGACUUCAGCUAUGGUUGGGAAUCAGCAGGGUGCCUUCCCCACAGGGGUGCUAGGUUUCCCCUCUUCAAAUUCGGCCUUGGGGGCCUUGGUGACUGGGGGGUUCCACCAAAAUCCAGAGAGUGUGAGACUGAACCAUCCUGGGGGGGUGCCAGUGGGCCAGCAGGGUGUGGAGUACGGCAAAAAGACAGGGUCAGCUUACCCAUGUGAUACUGACAGGCGUCUUCAGUAUAACCAAGUUGGAGGGACGUCUGCAGCAUCAGCCCCUGCUGGUGAUGGACAGUUCACAGUGAUUAACACUCAGGCUAAAAACAUGAACAAUGCAGGUUUUCAGAGCGAUUUCUAUAGGCAGGAUAUACAGGGACAACAAGCUGCUUUUAGUGUCAAUGACCAGAACAUGCAUGCUUAUAACUCAACUGGGCCUAAGGAGCAAUGGAAAAGCCCUGCUGGCUUCAAUCACACUGGAAAGGUGGAUAUGGUUUCCAAUGCCGCCAACAUGUGGACAUCAGCCGGGCAGCCGAUUCGCCACCGAACUGAGCUUUACAACCCAGAGGAGCCGACCUCUGACCCCAAGUUCAAUCACCCUAGUGGGGUUUGCUCUCUGGCUUCAAGUGGCGUGCAGGGAUUUGGGGGCUACCAGACCCUGCAGGGAAACGAGGAAACCCUGUCCUCCGGUACCAGGAAACUUCAACCUUAUCAGGUCAAUGACUACCACGCAGUCACGCCCACUCAACUGCCACAUCAGUGUAGCAUCUGUGACAAGAAGGUCUACAACCUUAAGGAUUGGGACCAGCACGUGAAGGGAAAACUACACCUGCAGAAUCGAACAUCGUACUCAAAUGAAUGCUCCAGUGUGGUAUCAGCUGGAGCUGUUCACUACACUGCCGGCAGGCCUUCUGAUGGAGCUCUGAACCCCGGAGGGACGAACUCCAUGGUUUACUCUGCCUCAAGUCAAGAUGUAUCCUCAGGAGCCAGUGCAUCCUACUUGCCAGCUGCAGCCAUGACGACUUAUCCCAUGUCAGACUCAGGAUUUGCCUCGCACCAGCCCGAGUCAAAGCCAUUUCCACCCAGAAAAGACACCGUAGGGCGAGUUGUCCACAUCUGCAACCUCCCUGAAGGCAGCUGCACAGAGAAUGAUGUCAUCAACCUCGGGAUACCAUUUGGCAAAGUCACCAACUACAUCCUGAUGCGCUCCACCCAUCAGGCGUUUCUGGAGAUGGCGUAUAUUGAAGCAGCUCAGGCCAUGGUUCAGUACUACCAACUUACCCCAGCUUCGAUUAAUGAUCAGAAGCUUCUCAUACGAAUGUCAAAGAGGUACAAGGAGCUUCAGCUCAAGAAACCAGGUAAAGAUGUUCAGACGAUCAUCCAUGAUAUCACCUCUCAGAGGGAAAGGGGUGAGAUUCAAGAAAUUGAGCAGUACAUGCCAGAGAGACCGCGCUCCCGCAGCCCGAUCAGCCGCUCUCUGAGUCCUCAGUCCCACAGCCCCAGUUUUACAUCUUGUAGCUCAGCCCCCAGCCCUCAGGGGGCAGCAGGCAGGGGUCCAGAGAGAAGCGGCAAUGGCCUUGGGCCCAGCCGGGGCUCUUGGGAAUGGUCAUCACACAUAAGGAGGGGUGAGGACGAAAGGGAAAGGGAUGACCCAUGGAGGAAUGGCGGAAGCGUGGAUGACGAUAGGUCUAAUGGACGCACGGCAGACCGUCGGAAGGCCUACCAGAAACCCAUGGAUCAUAUGAGCUCCAGAUCUGCAGAUGAGCGAGGAGGAGGUGGCGGAGGAGGUGAAGGGAUGAGGGGCAACAGAGACUGGCACCCACGAGGCAGCCCUCAAGGCGGGGCCUUCAACUCUUACAGGAACAUGGAAGACGACUUCUACAUGAAAGAACAGAUAUACAAGUCUGACAAGCCGACCAGAGCUCCGUACCAAAGGCACGACACAAAGUCAAAGAGGAGGGAUUGUGGUGACUACCACAGCAGGUCAAGGCAUUCUGAGUUUGAGAUGAGCGAGGAGCAAGAAAAGAGGCAUAGCUCCCCCGGCAGGGGCCACAGCAAAAAGACAAGUAGGAGGCACACUGCAGACAAACACGAGAGAGAAAAUACUACGGAAAACACUGAUCGUCAGCUGAAAGAAAAAUCUGUUUCACCUCAGCAAAGCAGUAAACCAAAAGAGGCUGCUGUGGAAUCUAGUAAAGACAAAGACACUAAGAAGGAGUGGGAAAGUGGAGCUGACACUGAUGAGGAGUGUUGGUAUCCUAAGAACAUGGAGGAACUGGUCACUGUUGAUGAAGUGGGAGGAGAAGACGAUUCCAUUAUUGAACCAGAUCUUCCUGAGUUGGAAGAAUAUGCAUCCUGCCCCAAAGAGACAGUGCAGGAAGAUGCAGUAAUGCAGUACAUGUCACAGCCAGCUCCUACCACUUCCUUGGUGGUGCAGGAGACGAACAAGAAGUCCAACCAGGAAAAGUCUGAUGAUGCUGUAGACCAGGCAGACACACCUGUUACUGAGAAACUAGAGAGUGUUGUAGCUGAAGUCGCUCCUGAAGAAGAGAAACUCAGUCAAAUGGCUGCUGAACUGUCAGUCACUAACCUGAGUGACUUCCCCAGAGAGGAGUUCAAGGUCGCACCGGAGGAGACGCAUUCAGAGGAUAAAGAAACCAACAGUGAGCCUUUAGAAGAGCCAAUGGAAAAUCAUGUUACAGUACUAGAGGACAGCAAGACUCAGGAAGUAGAACAGGUGAUGGAAACAAUCACCAACGGGGCACAACUCAAGGAUGGCAUUCUGAAAAAAGAGAUUGAGGCCUGUUCACCGACUCCUGAGCAAGACAAAGCUGUCAGUGAACACAGCAUCCCUCUAGGAGUAGAGUUCAUUGUACCAAGAACGGGCUUCUACUGCAAACUGUGUGGAUUGUUCUAUACCAGUGAGGAGAAUGCAAAGACGAGCCACUGCCGCAGCACCGUGCACUACAAGAACCUCCAGAAAUAUCUAUCGCAGCUGGCAGUGGAGAGUCUGUCGGACGCACUUUCUGGACCCACGGCUGCAAAGUGACAUCAGCUUGACCUCUCACCUCUUGUACAGCGAACAGCGGAGUAAAGAUUUUCGUAUGUGUGUGUGUGUGAGCUGCCGGUGCCUGGCGCUGACCAGCUACAGCACAGAUAAUGUGAUACAAUGAAAAUAGAGAAUGUGGACAGUUGCACUGGUUUUCGGUAUGUUGCUGAGAGGGAUGAUUGCAUUAACAAUCCCAGCUAUGGAUGCUAUCAAUUUUGUACGUACCUAAAAUGUAAUGUAUAUUUUUUUGGGUUGUUGGUUUUUGUUUGUUUUUUGGGGUUUACAAUUUUAUUACAGUUUAUUUUAUUGGGUUUUGAGUGAAUUGAUUUGUUCUUUUUGGAAUUGAAAUGUAUUUGCAACAAUGUGAUUAAGAAGAAGACAGAUUUAUUUAGUAUGGGCUCAUAUUACUCCAUUUCAAUGUGGUUGAAUUCUAAUGAGAUUUUGAUUGGUCUGUACAUUGUCUUUGUAACAAUGACAAACUUACAGCUCUAAAAUGAAAUGAUCUUCAUUGAACGUUUUUCACUCAGUUUAAAAGCUGAGGCAGAUUCUCAGGUUUGUUGUAUUUCAGUGUGUUGCACGUUAUACAAGAUUUUCAUUUUAAUUUAUAUCUGGGGCUUAAAAUGCUCUUGCAGUUUUUCUUACUAUUCUCAUCCUGUGCCUUUUUGUGUGCUGCAUUCUCUGUCAGGUAAAAAUGUAAAUAAUUUCAACUAAGAAUAAAGUAACAUAGCAAAGAUCUUUAUUCUCUUAAGGUUAAAUGUUGGAUUUAAUUCAUUAAACAAUCGCAGUCAUACCGGCCAACGCGAUAGUGCCUUAAAUACUGGAGACCUUAAGCUGGACCAUGUGUUUAAUUUAUCAGAGUUAAACAUGCAAUGUUUCAUGUCACAGUCCUUUGUGUCAGUUAUUAUCAAGCCAGACUCUGUUUUUGUAUACUGUGAACAAUAAUCCUGUGACAUCCGUGUUGAUGGUGUUUUCAUAUGAUUUUUCAUGUGACUUUUUUUG